GCCCGCAAGAGACGGGCAGCAGAGGGGCCGCAGGCAAGUGGCCCUGCAUCGCGUAGAUGCCUAUGGGCCCCACGAGGAACCUUGCGCAUGGAUCAUUCCAGGUGCCGGGCAGGGGACCUUCUUCGUGUACUAUGCGACGGAUUCAAGUCUGAUCAACGCCUGGGCGCAAGACCCGGCGAUCACCAUCUUUACAGAGCCGGGCUCCGUUGUCAUCGACCGGAUGACCGAUGCCCAGGGCGACGUCAUCGCAGCGAGCGAGAAGACAGCAGCAGCCGUGGCACCCGGCGUCAUGGCGCCGAAUUCUUCGGCACUCUGGGUGAAGCAG